AUGGAAACGGAUCAGCCUUCACUCGCUCGCGUCGUGCUCUUUCUCUGCUUCGGCAAGGGCAGCGGCCUCGACGACGUUCUAGCUCUGUCGGAGAACCGACGGUACCACUUCGCACCCAACGAUGUGACUGAUGAAGCGCGUUGGCGCGGGGGCCAAGAGCGGCGACACACCGAGGGUGCGGUGCUCCAGCUUACCUUUGGAGAGUAUAUGUAUUCGCCCGAGGGAUGGGUUUUAGGCUCCGAUACAGACACCGACAAUUGCGACCUUCAAAUCAGCGAGAACAACGAGACGGGCAUUAGCAGGCAGCAUGUCCGUGUGGACACGGAUCCCAGAUCUCGUCUGCCGAGAGUCAGGGUUCUCUCACGCCAUGGCGCGGUAUGCACCAAGGACGAGAGCGGUGAAGCGGUGCGCUUUUUGUGUGGACAAGACUUCACCAUCGAUCGCCCCAUGCUUUUAGAUCUUGGCGCCGUCCAGUUCCGAGCGUGGAGCCCAAAGCUGACGGCCGGCGAGGAGUCGAUUUAUCAAGGGCUCGCGUUGAAGUGGAGCGAGGAGGCCGUCGCCGCCGCGCCCAGGCCGCUGAGGGCACCCGCCGAGCCGCAAGACAACGAGGGCGGAGGGCACGAGACGAUGACAUCCAACGUCCGCCCGGGCAGGAAUGGUGCUGUUUAUGUCAACCAAGGCGUCAUCCUUUCUCACAGCACGACGGCCGAGAUGAUCGCCGUUCAGGAGCGAGCUUCUGGCAUCUUGUACGGCGCCAAGGUGCCAUAUUCCAACACCGAUGAUGACUACGGCAUGAUCAGAGGUUGCCUGGAAAGCUUGACGAAAGAGUUCGAGUGCCUAUCCAAGCUGGAUCACCCACACAUCGUGACGGCCGUUGACUUGGUCCUGGAUGCGGAUGACAAGCAACCUCCGUGGCUCAUCAUGGAACACAUUCCGCAUCGGCUCGAUACCGUGGCCGUUAACGGAGAUGAUGGCGUCAUUGUCCUGACGCAGAUUUGCAGCGCACUCGAAUACUUGCACGCGAACCUCGUGAUGCACAGAAAUCCGAACCCCGACAAUGUUCUCAUGAAAGAGGUCGCCUGUGAGGGUGGGACGAGGCGAAUGGCAAAGCUGUUCGGCAUUGGGACGGCAAGACACUACCGCGACGGAGACCACACGAGCUUCUCCGUGGCAAAAUCAGCCUACAUGGCCCCGGAGCUUGUCGACCAACGACGGCGCUACUCGAAUGCCGCCGACAUGUACUCGCUAGGCCGCAUCGCAUUGGAAAUGUUCUCGCCUCGAAGAGCCUCCUUCCGAGCCUCCGGCUCUGACCUACCACCGACCACGGAGCAGUACGAUGAUUGGAAGGUGCCAGUCCAAGUCCGCCCCAUCCUUGAUGGGCUUCUACAGCGUCAGCCGGAGAACAGAUUGACGGCUCGCGCGUGCCUGUUCCAGCUAUGGCGUUUGACCCAGCAACCCAUAUCGAACGCACGCGUCGGGGCCGGCAUGACCGCUGGGCAGGAGGUCCACGGUGCUUUCGGUCGGAGCCAGGCUCCCACGAUGUCAACGACUCGAGCACGCUGGGAAGUCGACGGCGAACGCAGCGAAUUGCCAGACACGGAGCCGUAUAGCCUAUCAUGUUCGAUGCCGCCAUCGCCAAGUGGCCGCCACACCCCGUGCUUGGAGGACGUUGAAGCGCACAAAGGGCCGGUUGAAAGCGCGGCGAUGCUUGCAAUGCGUGCACAGCUCGCAGCUCGCAGCCAACGCAUCGCACGCAGUCACCGCCACGCCGUCUCGACGCCGUCGUUCGAGCGCAAUCAAGACAAAUUUCCACUCUGCAAACCAUCUCGUGUCAUGGCCGGGCGGAAGAGGACAUCGGUGGCUGUGGCUGCGGACGCCGAGCCGGUGCCCAAGCGACGCUCCUCCCGCCGGGCCGCAGCGGCAGCUUCCGCUUCCUUGAACGAGGCAUCCAAGGCCGAGCUCAAGACGACAAAGGCCGGAAGCAAGGAGCGAGUGGCGGCAAAACCCAAAGGGUCCCGACCGGAGCCGAAAUCGCCGGGGCCGAAGAAGGAAACCAACAACGGCGCGAGGGCCACGUCUCCCGACGUCGACCCGGCGUCCAUCCCGGUCACAAACGCCGACGCGCCGCGGCAUGACGGUCCGUGGUACUGGCUCAUGAAAGCGGAGCCCGAGACGCGGCUCGAAAACGGCAUCGACGUCCGGUUCUCCAUCGAUGACCUGCGGGCCAAGACGAAGCCCGAGGGCUGGGACGGCAUCAGGGCGUACGCCGCGAGGAACCACAUGCGCAACAUGAACGCCGGCGACAUGGCCUUCUUCUACCACUCCAACUGCAAGGAGCCCGGCAUCGCCGGCACCAUGGAAAUCGUCCGAGAGUUUUCCGAGGACAAGAGCGCGCGCCGGCCGGGCACGCCCUACUACGACGCCGGCUCGACAAAGGACAAGGUUCGGUGGAGCCUCGUGCACGUCGAGUUUCGCAAAAAGUUUGCCGUUCCCAUCCCCCUCAAGGAGCUUCGCGAGCUGGGAAAGCCGGGCGGUCCGCUGGAGGAGAUGCAGAUGCUGAGGCAGUCGCGCCUGAGCGUCAGCCGCGUGAGCGGCCCCGAGUGGGAAGCGCUGUGCCGGAUCGCCGACGACAAGGCCAAGGAGGCAGGGCGGGACCACGAGGUGGGAAAAUGA